AUGAAGUCCAUCCGCCAGCAAAACAGCACCAACGUGUGCCCGCGUUGUGCUGAAAUUCUGGACUGGCGCAAGAAGUUUGACAAAUACAAGCCCCGCACAAAGCCCGGCAGCUGCGUGCGUUGCCAGCAGAAGCGUGUCACCAUGGCGUACCACAUUGUGUGCAAGGAGUGUGCCGAAGCCAACAACGUUUGUGCCAAGUGCAACAAGGAAGCCGAAGACAUUAUUCCCAGAACAUGCGAGAGCGUGACCGACGUACGCCGUGCACUACGUGCCAUUGAAAAAGAACGCAAGGCUCGUCGCGGGGACGGAGAGGACGAGGACGAAAACUCGGAUGAUGACGAAGAUGCCACCGAGUCUCGCGAUGAUGGCUUUGGUGACCUGGCUGAAGUGGAUAGCGACGUGGAUAACGAGGAUGACGAGGAGGGCGAAGUCGAUUCGGAGUUUGGUGUCGAAUCAUCAGAGGGAGGCCUUGCGGUGACCUCUACUACAAUCCCCAAAGCAGGAGCGACAGCACGGCAAGGGAACAAGGUGUUUCGUAAGAAGCAACGCCCGGGCCAGCGAGCAGCAGCAGCGUCAGAUACAGACACGGAUGUCGAUGGUCCACAGCCUCACUCCAAGGCUGCUGGUAAAGCCCAGGCCGGGGACGACGACGAAGAUGAAGACUGGUCCACAGUGGAUGAAGACGAACAGCCUUGA